CCGUCUUCCCACAUCUCAUCUGCAAUUACCCACCAUCUCCUCCAUAUCCUCCGGCGAAACCCAGCCCCAGUCCACCCCACCGUCCGCAUCCAUGGCGCCCAAGGCCGAGAAGAAGCCGGCGGCGAAGAAGCCCGCGGAGGAGGAGCCCGCGGCGGAGAAGGCCGAGAAGACUCCCGCCGGGAAGAAGCCCAAGGCCGAGAAGCGGCUGCCGGCGGGGAAGUCGGCCGCCAAGGAGGGCGGCGACAAGAAGGGCAAGAAGAAGGCCAAGAAGAGCGUGGAGACGUACAAGAUCUACAUCUUCAAGGUGCUGAAGCAGGUGCACCCCGACAUCGGCAUCUCCUCCAAGGCCAUGUCCAUCAUGAACUCCUUCAUCAACGACAUCUUCGAGAAGCUCGCCGGCGAGGCCGCCAAGCUGGCGCGGUACAACAAGAAGCCAACCAUCACGUCCCGGGAGAUCCAGACCUCCGUCCGCCUCGUCCUCCCCGGCGAGCUCGCCAAGCACGCCGUCUCCGAGGGCACCAAGGCUGUCACCAAGUUCACCUCCUCUUAGGCUGUUCGUCUUCCUGUGUCUCGUAGUUAGCUGUUCGGGUGUGUUUGUGGCCGUGUUAUCCUGUAAGAAUCGCACCGCGAUGUUUCUGUAUCUCGAGAAAUGGUAAUGGUGCCUGCCUCAAUGUUCAGUACGUA